GCGGGCGCGCGUUGCCCGGCAGCCGCAGCCUAUGGGGGCGCGGGGCGCGGUCACGUGCGCAGCCCCGCUCGGCGCUGCGGAGCCGGAGGAGCCGGACGGGGCCGCGGAGCCGGGACGGGGCCGCGGGGCAGCGCCGGGGCCGGCGCCGAGCGGGGUGAACUAGAGAAAGUGACUCCCAGAGCACCUUGGCUGUAUGAACUCCUGAGCUGUCAAGGGACUGAGAGGCUUAUGAAGAGGUUCUGUCAGGCAAAACAGUGCUUAGCAAAGACACCAAGGAGGAGGGAAAAGGAGAAAGGGAGGGAGAGAGAGCUGAAACACUAACAAACCAUGAGAUCGAUCCGAUCUUUUGCUAACGAUGACCGCCACGUAAUGGUGAAACACUCAACCAUUUAUCCAUCUCCAGAGGAGCUUGAAGCUGUCCAGAACAUGGUCUCAACAGUGGAAUGUGCCCUUAAGCAUGUGUCUGACUGGAUGGAUGAAAAGAACAAGUCUGCGAAGUGUGAGGGUGAUGUGGAAGCCAAGGAGGAAGCUGCAGAAGGCACUGCCAAGGACCAAGGUGGUCGGACGUUAUGUGGCGUUAUGAGAAUUGGCCUGGUUGCAAAGGGCUUGCUGAUCAAAGAUGAUAUGGAUCUGGAGCUGGUUCUCAUGUGCAAAGAAAAACCCACAAAGACCUUGUUAAGUAUUGUUAAAGACAAUCUCCCAGCUCAAAUUCAGAAACUUACAGAAGAGAAAUAUCUGGUGGAGGAGCAUGUAAAUGAGGCAGCUAUUGUUAUCCAUAACACAAAGGAGCCCAAGCUCACUUUGAAGGUGAUACUCACAUCCCCUCUCAUCCGAGAUGAAGCAGAGAAGAAGGAAGGAGUAGAUAAUGUUGCGAUGAAAGAUCCUCCGGACUUAUUGGACAGGCAGAAAUGCCUGGAGGCCUUGGCGUCUCUGCGGCACGCCAAAUGGUUUCAGGCCAGGGCAAAUGGACUAAAAUCAUGUGUAAUUGUCCUGCGUAUUCUGCGAGAUUUGUGCAACAGAGUCCCCACAUGGGCACCGCUGAAAGGCUGGCCACUCGAGCUUAUAUGUGAAAAAUCUAUAGGUACUUGUAAUAGACCUUUGGGCGCUGGGGAAGCCUUGCGACGAGUGAUGGAGUGUUUGGCAUCUGGAAUUCUGCUUCCUGGGGGCCCGGGGCUGCACGACCCCUGCGAGCGCGAGCCCACGGACGCUUUGUCUUACAUGACAGUUCAGCAAAAAGAAGCCAUUACACACAGUGCUCAGCAUGCACUCAGAUUAUCAGCCUUUGGGCAGAUCUAUAAAGUUUUGGAAAUGGAUCCCCUCCCAUCAAAUAAAUCAUUUCAGAAAUAUUCCUGGUCAGUAACUGACAAAGAAGGUACAGGCUCAUCUGCUCUGAAGAGACCGUUUGAAGACAGUGUUGGAGAUGAUAAAGAUCCAAAUAAAAAGAUGAAGCGUAAUCUGAGGAAAAUACUAGAUAGUAAAGCAAUAGAUCUCAUGAAUGCUCUGAUGAGGCUGAACCAAAUCAGGCCAGGGCUUCAGUAUAAGCUGCUGUCACAGUCUGGUCCAGUCCAUGCCCCAGUCUUCACAAUGUCUGUAGAUGUUGAUGGUACGACUUAUGAAGCAUCAGGACCUUCUAAGAAAACAGCCAAGCUCCAUGUGGCAGUGAAGGUUUUACAAGCGAUGGGGUAUCCAACAGGUUUUGAUGCAGAUGUGGAGUGUGUAAGUUCUGAUGAAAAAUCAGAUACCGAAGGUAAAAACGAAACGUCUUCAAUCUCAAGCAAUAAUAAUACUGGAAAUUCCACAGCUGACACCUCCGCUACCCUAGAGGUAAGAACUCAGGGUCCCAUCCUCACAGCAAGUGGCAAAAACCCCGUGAUGGAGCUCAAUGAAAAGAGGAGAGGUCUGAAGUACGAGCUCAUUUCUGAGACGGGAGGAAGCCACGACAAGCGCUUUGUGAUGGAGGUAGAAGUAGAUGGACAGAAGUUCCGAGGUGCAGGCCCAAACAAGAAAGUAGCAAAAGCAAGUGCUGCAUUAGCAGCACUUGAAAAACUGUUUUCUGGACCUAAUGCAGCAAAUAACAAGAAAAAGAAGAUUCUUCCUCAGACUAAAGGGGUUGUCAAUACAGCUGUUUCUGCAGCAGUCCAGGCUGUUCGAGGCAGAGGACGAGGUGCUUUAACACGAGGGGCAUUUGUUGGGGCAGCUGCUGCUACUGGAUACCUAACACCAGGCUAUGGAGCACCAUACGGAUACAGCACAGCGGCACCAGCCUACGCCAUAUGCACUUGUAUAAAAUAAGCAGAAAUGUAGUGACUGUAAGCUGAGAUCGUGAUAUAAAAGCAAUAAAUGUGAGCAGCUUUAACGUACCAUCUCUGAUCCAGUCCUGGCAAUGUUCCUUGGAGAGUGAGUGUAGCACUCCCUGUUUUUUCUGCCACCAACUCACUGAAACGAAGUCCCUUGCUUCAUUUGCAGUUCUGCAUCUGUACUUCUGAGCCAGUCUAGAGGUGGGAUUGCUGAACAUCUCUCUAAAUCUGUAUAAACAAUAAGACAGUAUUUCAGUCUUUACUCAGACAAAAUUACAAAUUUCCUUCUGCCUCUUGUGCUCAGUAUACCAAGAUAUGCUCACUCAGUAUUAGAACUUCUUGCCUUUAGCUAAAUUCUAAGACAGUUGCCUGUUACUUAAUGAAGGGAAAACUGUCCCAGGCUCACGGAGUUCCAAGGCACAAAGCAGCUUACAAAAACAGCUCCCAUUUCCGGUGGCUCUGGGAAACAGCGCAGGAGCUCAGCUGCUGUGGAUUCCUUUGGAUACACCAUGAGAUGUGUAAAUAUGAAAUUCAGAUUGUUGUUCUCAGCCAUGAAGCUGACUAGGACCUCGCCUCUCUGGCAUCAAAAGAAUGAAAAUGAGCCCUGUGCUGGGCACACUGAGGAGUUCUGUUAGGAACGGCUAUUCUGUCUCAAAAAACAGUAACUCAGCUCAAAUGUUCAGCACACACACCCUCUUGGGCUUCCUGCUGAAUAAUCCAGUGAAAAAUGAGAUAUUUUAUUGACUUGUUUAAAGCAGAGCAGAGAGACAGGGUAGCUGAAUCCGCUGUCUUGGUACAGGAGACAGCUUGUCUAAUGGCUUGCUGGUUUCAUUCCACUGGAGUGGAAAUUCUGCUAAAGUCAUUUUAGAGCACUUCACCAGAGAAACCCAGCACUGAGGUCCUGUGCCUGUGGGCCACAGGAGCAGUUUCACAUGCACUUCCUUUUGAAUAUGAACUAUUUAAGCUAGUGGUUAAGUAUUUGGCAUUAAGAGGAAUGUCAUCGCUAAAGUGUUUUAUUACUUAACCGCAGAGUGAUGUCUCCUUAGCUUUAUUUGUGUCAUCUGAAUCCAUACCUAUUUAUGUCCAGGUAUUCUGGUGCUUGCUUUUUCUGCUCAUAGAUACAGGAUUCACUUUUUGUAACUGACAUGUGAGGUAAUACAAAAGCACAACUAGGACACGUCUGCCUGUUCCUGUGUCCAGCCCUCUCUCUGGGGUUUCCUGGGAGAAAGGGGCUCUUCCUCACACACUGGUCUGUGUAGGCAAGGCAGUGCUUUGCGGUGAGUGCUAUGAGUUAGGUAAAAGUUCAUCACACAGUAAGGGUAAAUUCAGUAAAGUGGAGUUUUUUCUCCAGUUCCUGAGAGUGCGUGAAACAUUCAGACCACAUAGUUUACCUUGAUGUUACUGAGGAGCUGAAUGUCCAAAAGUAGUGUGUGGAGAUGUGCAGUUCUAAAGCAUAUCUCUUAUUUUGGAUGUUGUUUUAUCUUGUAUUUGGUGCCUUAACUCUGUACAAUUUAAGGUCAUAUAUACUGUACCACAGGUAGUUUAGUAGUUGUGUACUUGAAAAGAACCCACUAAGCCUAGUCUAUAGAAACUCUUGUACACACUGAAGCCUUCUCAGGGGGAGUACUCGUCCAUGUUUAAUUAAUAAUCCACCAAGAAGUGAGAGUUAUGAGAAUGUAAAGAGCAUUUAAAAAUUUUAACUGCAGAGAAUGAAUUUAUCUGAGACUGAAUUUAUCUGAUUUCUAACUUCAAAGGUUUGAGGCAGUAAGAUAAUUAAAGUUGCAGUCUCUUCAGUGCUGUGUAAGUAAACAACUUAAAAAUGUUUUCUCACCAGCCAGAACUGCAUGUUUGUGAAAACCUCUGGACUCUUAUCUCUACUAGAAUAAAUAACACUUAAUUUUAAAAGGCAUUAAUUGAAUGUAACUGGCUAUCCUGCAUUGGUUAGUACAAGAGAGUUGGAAUGAGUAAGAGCUGCAGUUUGUUUUUAAAUAAUUAAACUUAAGCCUCAUUCAUGCCCCUAACUAGGAUCUAGAAGCUCCAGCUGCUUUAUGCUGCUUUGCAGUUCAUGAGGUGUAGUGCAGCAUCAGCCUGAACACAGGAUUUCUGAGUACAUCUGCUUCUGGCAGGAUACACUGAGGCAAGGGGGAGAAGAGAGAACAACAGAAGCAGAAUGUCCUUCUCCAGUUUUUAUGAUAGAAGUUGGAGGGAAAGUUGCACUGCCUUUUCCAAGCCCAUUAGGAGAGCCUGUGGUAAAACCAGGAGGUUUAUAUGUGCUGGGGAAAGCCUUGUGAGCAGGGGGAGCUGGGGCUGCUUUUUCAAUAGUUAGUGAGAAAUUAGGUAAGAGGUUUAAGCUAUCCAUCCAGCUGGUUAACAGCUGCUAAUGAUGUUGCUACAGGAGAUGAAUUUAUUUUUUCUGUUCAGCAAACAAGUCCAGGAUUGCUGGUUUUCCAGAGGAUGAAUGCAAGAAAUCCAGUGGAUUGAUUCUGUUUCCUGAUGCAGCCCUACCAAAACCAGGGAGAUAGUUCCAGGCAGUGCACAGAGCAUGCAGUUGAAUUCUGGGAGGCAAAGGAGUACAAGUAUUUUCCUCAGAAGGAGUAGUUAUUUCUGCAAUGCCCAGUGUUCUAGAUGAGCUGCCUUUACAGAGGAGCAUGGUAACAAGGGAAAGCAGACACUGCUCCCACAAUGACCUGUGUAAUGUACAUAUUUCAGGUCACCAAUACUGGUGUUAACUUCUUAUGACAAAGUAGGUUCAUCUUACCAGCAAAGUGUAUUUUGACAUUCUAUCCACUUCUAUUUUUUAAGCUAAAGGGGAGUUAAUCAUAGCACUCAUCUGUUUCGAAAGGAGUAGAGCAGAAGGUAAGUUUUAACUUCAUACUUUGAAGCUGCUAUGAAUAGAUUAACAGUGUUCCAUGGAAACAACUGAUGUACUUUACUUUCUUCGAGUUUAGUUUCUGUGUUCUUGCAAAAGCACAAGCUUGCGUAAGCGUAAUCAAUAAAAGUUACUCAGGGUACUGCAUCAUCUCAGCAGCGGACACUAACUGCAUCUUAAGUCAACAGGCACACAUAAAUCAAGCUUAAUUAAGAGGAACAGGACAUCUUGGCAAGUUUUGCUUUACUACUGGCACUGCUACAAUUUAAUGAUCUAUGCAUACCGAAAUGUGUGUAUUGCUGCACUCCCAAUAGAUUGUGAGUCUUGUAAGGGUGUCCUGUAAAGUAACAAAGUCAGGGGAAGAGAGACAGGAUUUAUUCUUCUGUCAUUAUUUUCACAAAGAACUGUUUCCAAGCAGAUGGAAAGCCAUUCUGCUCAAAGGAGAAUAACGGUGGGCUAGAGAACAGCAUGCAGAGCAGUACAGCUUUUGAAAAGUUAGUGAUCCUAUGAACUUAAUUAUGAAAAUUCUGAUUUGCAGUACAGAGUCUUUCCUGUGUUUUUAAACUCGUAUCACUGCUUCCCUGCUCAAAAUAGCAGGACAAGUGUAGUUUUCUAGUAACAUCUAUUGCAUGGAAAUGCACAUGCACUGGAAGAAAAGGGAGGCUGUACUGCAGAGAGCACAUUCAACUACAGAGCCAUUCUCUGGGCAAUGCUGCAUAAUUUAGGAGUGGGUAACCAUGCCUUCAGGGACAACAUGACACAGAGCAGAUGGUUGAGAAAAAAAGUCACAGAAAAAAGCCUCCAAGCUUUGUCCAGUCAUACAUUUACCCCUCCCCGCAAAAGGGGACAGGUACAUUCAUACACGCAAAUGAGUUAUCUGUCAGGAAUCACAGAGGUCCUUAAGGACAAAUGUUUUGUGGAGCCAGUCUCCUUUUGGACAGAAAAAGGAGGAAGUUGACUCUGUCUUCCAGUUCCAAGGUGCAGUGUCUUAUUUCUCAUCCUAACCCUAUGUCAAUAUUUAUUGAUCAAACUGACUAAGCUUUUUAGGCCGACCAGCUCUCUACGAAGCAAUUCUGUUCUCUUGAGCCUCUGCAGGGGCCAGUAACUGGUGCUUAACUACUGCUUCCACUGCGGAAUGUCACCGUCCUCCAGCUGCCCCAGAGCCAGGCUGGGACACUCGCACUUCUCAGAGAGCAACACUGCUGGGGGUGGGUCUCUCCAAAGCACUGAAGUACUACAGCAGAGCAAGUCCCAGGGGGCUGCAUGCUUUUUAAACUCCUGUCCAGUUCUGAGUGACAAAGCUGAGCAUGAAACCUGUACUGCCAAAUGGACCAGCCCCUUGCUGAGAAGGGCAUCAAGGGGAAGCAGUCUCAAGUGGAGAUUUUGAGGAAAGGCCGGUGCUUUCCAAGGCCAACUCACAGGCCUUUUUUACUGGUUGAAUUUCCACCCACCAAAAAUCACCAUCAGCCAAAUCAAUUAAAAUUGCUGCUAAUUUGGGGUAAAAUAUCACCUUUGUGUAACCCAAAUCACCACCAUCCAGGCUCUAAAGAAUUCAGGAGGCAGAGCCCUUCUGACAGGAAAUCUGGCAGUGCAGUCUGAUGUGACUUUUCUGAUGAUAAUUACUUCUCCAAGACAAGGAAAAGACAGGGGCAGUGCUUUGGGGCAGUGUUUCAUGCUCAGCAAGUUUGUAGAGGGAAGGAAUGCAAUUCUAUAAAUCACUUGUACUGUAUUUGUUUCUAGACUUGAAUGAAUUUCACUUUUCCUUUGUGAGUCAGCGUAUUAAACCUUAAAGAAAAGGUCUAUUUUUCUAAAUCUCUUUCACCAAUAGAGGUCUGACCUGCAGCCAAGAGAUGGAUUUAUUUAUCCACAGAGGACGGAGUGUUUUGUUUUUGAACUAAGAUUGGAUAUAGCAUUGAAUAAAAAGAAGUACGACCUAUAAGCUAUCUAAACUUUAAAUACUAUGAACAAAUUCCACAAAUGAGUAAUACAGUGGACGAUUCCAUCUUUCUUCCCAAUAAGUCUCUCUCAAAGAAGUUACCCAGAAUUGAACUUUCAAAUGAAAUACAAGAGAUCCUUGUGGUCUAAUUACAGACUACUUUCAAAAUGCUUCCGUUUUCUCCCCAUUUGUAAUCAGUAGAGAACAAUGAUGACUGAACUAUUCCCAACUAUAAAUGAAGCAAUUUCAAAUAAAGUAAUCUGGCAACAACCAUGGCUAUUUAUAGCACUAAAAAUCUAAUUUCAACAUUCAAAUUCUCUUAAUUUGGUAGCAGUUGAGUGGGAAGAAAAAUAACUGCACAGCAAAUUUUAAAUUGAGCUGUAUCUACUCACUGGCCAAAAAAGCCUGCAAAUGUAAAGGGAACGCUCUCUGUACCUUCAGUUGCUUCCUCCUGUGCUGCUGUACCCCGUACACUUGGCUUCAUUUGGCUUCUGUGCUGUGGUUUGUACGCCAGCCACUGUUACUGACUGUACACGACACGAUCUGCACUGUACUCUCGGGUCAUUUCCACUGGUUGUAACCCAACGCUACAGACUUCUCUGUAUAUAAACCAGAACCAUGUCCCAUUUGCUUCCAAUAGCUCCAAUAAAGACUCAUCUCUGUGAACAGGAA